GACCUAGAGUAUAUUUUUGUGUGACGGCAAGGUAGGAAGGUGAUACAUAAUGUUAAAGCCAGAAAUGAGACAGGCGUUUUAGACAAGCAAGUUUGAUUCUUUAAACAUGUAGGUUACAGAACUCUAAAUAAAUUUACAUAUACUUACUGUCUUAUGUCUAGAGUCACCUCGACUAUCACAAAUCUCAUGAAGUUUUGCAAUACACUUGAUUUUGCAGAACAAACUUAGACACAAAAUCAUCAACAUAUUCAUAUGGAGUUUUGUGGUUUCUGUCAUUUUAGGUGCUUGAGUGACAACACUUUUUGCUCUGGGUGAUUUUUUUAUGAAUUCCUACAUAACAGGCACCGAUUCUUAAAUAUUCAUUUCCUUCAUCAAGUUACAACAGUCGCAAGUUUGUUCUACACUUUUUCUGAUAUUUUAUAAUUGAUAAUAACUAAUAUACAGUCAUUUUUGAACACACGUACAUGCAGUAGCCUCACAAGUUCUCUAGAAAAAAUAAUGACUCUGAAUAAACCUUUGAAUAUAGGUUGUCGUUUUACUUUUGCUUAUGUGAUAUCCUAGAAUCAUUCUGUGAGAUCCUUAAGGUAGUUCUGCAUGUUUGCUUAACCUGAAGUAAUGACGUAACGUCAUUUAUCCGGAAAACGUAGAAUAAAGCCUGGACUCUGCGUGCGGAAAUGAAAACCAUGUUUUGAUUUACUGACAACUGGUGCUGAAAUUCUAUAACACCGAAGAACGACAAGGUUUUAUGAAUUACUUCGAAGUAUUUGCCAGUAAUAGAAUUAUACAGCUAACACAGAGAAAUCUUCUUGAGUCCUACAUUUUACGUAAUGUAAACACAAAGAAACACAGACAAGAAAAACUAAACAAAUUCUUCAGAAAGAUUCUUAGCAUGUUUCAAGAAGGUGAACAUGAUGUAGAUGAGAACAUCUAUGGCCCUGUCGAUAACACCGGAAGUGAAAUGACUAAGAUCGAACUUACGCAGACAGAGUUCGGUGAAGCAUUUGGCAUGAAGCCAAAUUCAACUUUCGUCAAACAUAUGUUCCUGUUAGUGGACGCAAACCAGUCUGGUCGUGUCUCGUUUAAAGAAUUUAUGGAUAUCUUUAUUUUGCUGUCGUCUGACGACACGGAUAGUAAAACCAAACUAUUGUUUAACAUGUACGACAUGAAACAGCAAGGUUACCUCACCAUUGACGAUCUCUAUCAAAUGAUCAGGUCGCUGCUAGAUCUUUCUGAAAACAAUGUAACAGACGAAAAAGUAACGGAAUUCACAUCAGCAGUGUAUAGAUCAGCAGGUCUGAGACCAGGCUCUGAGAUCACGUUUUCCGAUUUCAAAAAGGUUUUUACGAGCGGAGACUAUGCGAAAACUCUGAAAAACGCGACUCUAGAGUUGAACGUCAAUGAAGAAGAUGAAGACCAAGCCACGUUUCUCAAAGUGCCUUCUGCUUCAAAUAAAAUGAUUCAACGCCGUUCCACUUUGGUCCGUGGCUACAGCAUAUCAGGUCAGAGCACAUCAGGUAAUGGCACAUUGAGUGGUGGCUAUGGAAAACGUGAGUCUAGUAUUUCUCCUGGAAAGUAUCACACCUUCGCACGAAGUGCGUCACAGAUCAGUCGGGUAAAAGUAUUUACAGACUUCAAGACUGAAUCUCUACCGGAUACACUCGUGAGGAUUCUUGGAUACCUGGAGACUUACAGACUACACGUGUUCUGGCUAUGCUUGUACUGUUUUGUAACGAUCGGCAUCUUUGUUGAACGGUCUUAUUAUUACGCUGUAGAACGUGAAAACGGAGGUUUACGGCGCGUAGCCAACCACGGCGUGACUAUGAGUCGAGGUUCUGCUAGCGUCAUCAUGUUCACCUAUGCCGGACUUCUUAUAACCAUGUGCAAAAACUUAAUUACGAGCCUCCGGGAAACCUUCCUUCACAGAUUUAUCCCAUUUGACUAUUUCCAUACCCUACACAAGUUCAUAGCAUGUGUCUCUCUUGCUUUCACAGUACUGCACGUGACUGCACAUGGCGUGAACUUCUACCAUGUUUGCACUCAACCAUCAACAGAUCUAAACUGCUACUUCCGAGAAUACUUCAGAGCCACUCAUGAACUUGCAAGCUUCCAUUACUGGGCAUUUGGGACAGUGACAGGUCUGACGGGAGUAAUUUUGACUGUUUUGUUGAUUAUUUUGUAUGUAUUCUCACUUCCGAUGUCAAGACGCUAUCUGUUUCACGUGUUUUGGAACACUCACAAGUUAUAUCACGCAAUUAUCAUACUGACUUUUCUCCAUGGAAGUGCGAGACUGGUCCAAGAACCGCAUUUUCCAUACUACAUUGUGGGACCCGCUGUUCUGUUUAUAAUAGACAAGUUGAUCAGCAUUAGCCGAGCUACAAUAGAACUAACAGUGAUCAAAGCGGAACUACUUCCUUCAGACGUCACUUCAUUGACUGUAAUCAAGCCAUCCGGGUUCGAGUACCAGUCCGGACAGUGGGCACAAGUGGCAUGUAAGGCAUUAGGUGAGCGUGAAUUUCACCCAUUUACGAUGACGUCAGCACCGCACGAGAAGAAUCUGACAUUUCAUAUAAGAGCGGUAGGACCGUGGACAACCAACAUCAGACGACUUUUUGACCCAAGUAUCCGUGCUGGCUCAAGUUAUUCAAAGCUGUUAUUGGACGGGCCUUUUGGAGAGGGACACCAGGACUGGUAUCGUUAUGAAGUAUCUGUACUGAUUGGGGGUGGGAUUGGUGUCACGCCCUUCGCUUCAAUACUCAAAGACAUAGUACACAAGUCGCAGAUGAGCAUUACAAUGCAAUGCAAAAAGGUGUAUUUCCUAUGGGUUACAAGGACACAGAAGCAGUUCGAAUGGGUCACUGAUAUAAUCCGUGGUCUUGAGGCUGCUGACCAGAACAACAUGGUCACAACACAUAUUUUCGUCACACAGUUCAGAUCAAAAUUUGACCUACGGACAUCUAUGCUUUACAUCUGCGAGCGACACUUCCAGAAGAUUGCAGGAAAAAGCUUGUUUACUGGGCUGGAAGCAACAACACAUUUCGGGAGGCCAAGAUUUUAUCAUUUCUUAGAAUCUCUGAGAUAUGAACACAAAAAUGUGAAAAGGCUAGGGAUAUUUAGUUGUGGACCUCGGCCUAUGACACUUGCCGUGGAACAGGCGUGUUCCUCAUUGAACAAAUACCAAUGUCCUACAUAUUAUCACCAUUAUGAAAAUUUCUGAAGACGCUCUCUGAGUUUGCAGUAAAGUCAUUCAUAUAUAUAAGUCUAUAAGGCAUAUGUGUCUCUUUGCAAAUAAAGCGAAUUAAUAACAGUU